UCCCGCUUGCUUUUCCGCCACAGUUUAAACUGGCAGUUGUGGCUGUAAGAAAUUUGAGUGUGUUACAGACGCGACAUGUUAACGAGGAUCAAAUAUUGCUCAGAAAGAAAACUUCAGUUGUUAAUCCUUCCUAAUAGUUCCUUAUAGCUAAGCUAGCUAGCUAUUUCUGCUUCAAACUGGCCAGAGCUCGUCAACUGUAAUGUCCCUGCCUCCAGAGAAAGCUUCCGAGCUGAAGCAAAUCAUUCACAACCAUCUGCUCAGGAUGGAUAUUCAUGGGAAGAUCCGAGAGGUGCUGGCUGAGACUGUGAGGGAUGACCAAGGUCCAGCACAUCGGUCUCUGUCUGAGGCAGAUUUCCUACGUGCUCUGCAGCGCAGGGGCAUCAUAGAUGACGUGAUGAAGGACCUACACUUUACCCAGAAAGUACCCACAGAAGCAGAAACAAGAUCUCCUCCAAAGCCUGCUACUCACUUUGUUGACAAGAAUAUUACUAAGCUAGAAAAAACCAAUAUUGACCCAUGCAGGCGGUACCUGUAUUUUCAAGUGCUUGGUGGCAAGGCCUUUCUGGAGCACCUCCAGGAGCCAGAGCCUUUACCUGGUCAGGUGUGUUCUACAUUCACGCUCUACCUGCACUUCCGCAACCAGAGGUUUCGCUCAAAGCCAGUUCCCUGUGCCUGCGAACCUGACCUGAAGGAGGGCUUCCUCUUAGAGAUCCACAGAGAUGGUGUAGGGGAAGGCAGUAAAAUGGCGGAUGCGACCACCUUGCUUUCUAUGUGUGACCCGGUUCACUUGGUGCUGAUCAGGACGGACACCUCCAGCGAGACAACGCUGGUCUCGUCCUACUUCUUGGACUGGAGGACAGUCCUCAGUUUGCCCAGUGGGAAGACCUGCUUUGCUGUGGAGCUGAUGGGAGUUGGAAGCGAAUGCAAAGUCCCAGCUGGUGUUUUGACUGUCAGUCUGGAGCUCUACCCUCCUCUCACAGAGACUCUGAGCACUGACAUCAUCAGCACACAGCAAUCACUGGAGAGGCAGAGGACGGCAGAGAAGGAGAGGCUCUUCUUGGUUUAUGCCAAACAGUGGUGGAGGGAGUUCCUUGAGAUACGUCCGUCACACCAAUCCAAGAUGGUGAAGAUCUUUGCACAGGAUGAAAACGGCGUCAACAGGCCGGUGUGUUCCUACGUGCGCGUCCUCCGGGCGGGCCGGCUGCUGGAGAGCCCUCGACAGGCGGCCCGCUUCGUCAGCCUGCUGGCCCUCGAGAAGGCCCCGGUGGUGGGAGGAGGAGGAGGCAAGCAGGAGCAGUGGUGCACAUUAAUGGCUUUCCUGUGUAGAGGGAAGGGGGACUGUGAGGACCACGCCACCCUGCUGUGCAGCCUCCUGCUGGGCUUUGGCCUGGAUGCGUAUGUGUGUGUGGGCACCAAAGCCAAGGGAACGCCACACACCUGGGUCCUGACUCGCGGUACUGAUGGGAGCAUCACCUUCUGGGAGAGUCUGACAGCACACAGAUACCUGCACCAGGCCAUAGACCCAGAUGCCCCCCCACUGGCCCCCCAGCCCAAACCCUCCUCCCCCUACCGCACUGUGGGCUGUGUCUUCAACCACCACACCUUCCUAGCCAACUGCCAGCCCUCCGAUGCCGUGGAGCUCUGUGUCUUUGACUUCCAGAAUCAGUCUCGGUGGAAGGCAAUGAGCGAGGAGGCUCUGAAGUCUGUCUGCGCCCCAGGCUCCACCACCUCUCUGCCCCCCCUGCCUCCAAUCUGUGCCCCGUCUCUGGAUCCUGCUGCUGCCAGCAACCAGCUGGAGCUAGAGAUGCGCUACCUGGUCUCUGAGCACAGGAAGGACCUGGAUCUGGCCACAGUGUGGGACGACCACCUGUCCUACCUGCUGUCCUCGGCACUGUCAGCCUAUGAGCUGGAGCGCUGCACCGGCAUCUCCUGCGGCAACGAGGAGUUCCAGGACGCGGUGAGGAGGGCGGUGCCUGAUGGACACACCUUUAAGGGCUUCCCCAUCCACUUCCUGCACCGCAACGCUCGCAGAGCCUUUGCCACCUGCCUCAGGCAACAAGGAAAAACCCUCCAGAUCCAGCCUUGACAAGACUCCACACCUAUGUCACCACAGGCCGGGUCCAUUGCCUGCAAGAGAUUUACCCUGGCAUGGGGGGUUCAGUCAAAGACCUUCCACCGACAUGCAGAGAAAAACUUAUUUUGGGUUGAGGAGGGGACAGUGUUUUUGAAUUGCUGCUUGAUGUCGAACCGCUCGCGUAUCCAGAUUUUAUUCUAGUCAGCUGGCUUAAUCACAUCAUUAAAAACAAGUGUGAGCAAUUUUGAGCCAUUGUGUGUAAACGAUGACAACUGUGUUGUUGUUGUUGUUGUUGUGUUCAGCUUCUGCCGCCCGUGUUUACCAUUUUGCAACACAAGUGCACCACAGUGCAAAAUGUGUUUAAGCGGGUGAAAAUGUGUUUAGAGUUUUGCCAAAAGAAUGAAUGAUUUGAUAAAUGGGUUUAGGGCACUGAGCAUUUGAUUCAGAGGAUGGGGUUUGGCAUUUUAGCAAUUGUGAAAAAUAGUAUGAGAGCACUGAGCAGAAAACACAGUAGAAACCAAAGAAAUAUUUUUGAAUAAAAACAUCCAAAAAAAAACAAAUGUAUUCAAGAGAAAAUAUAUACAUAGUAUAUAGCUAAAAGUCAGACAUCAAACCAACAAAUGAAAUGAAAAGGGAAUUGCUCCCAGCAAUGUGUUCCUGGAUAAAUAAAGGUAAGGUGAAAAUA